AUGCCGUUUGGCUUGAAAAAUGCGGGAGCCACGUAUCAGCGGAUGAUGGAAAAAGUCUUCAAGGAACAGCUCUCCAAGAAUAUCUCGGUGUAUGUGGAUGACAUGCUUGUGCGGAGUAUAAGGGCAGAGGACCAUGUCUCUGAUCUCGAGGAGGUCUUCACUGUGGUUAGAAAGCAUCGGCUCAUGUUGAAUCCAGCAAAAUGUACUUUUGGGGUCACAACAGAGGAAUGCCGAGCUGCAUUUGAGGAUCUCAAGGUAUAUCUAGCAAAGCUCCCGACUCAAACCAAGCCGGUCCCGGGAGAAACGUUGUAUCUGUACAUAGCAGUGGGGGAAGAUGCAAUCAGCUCUGUGCUUAUCAGAGAGGAGGGAAGUCACCAGAAACCCAUCUACUUCGUCAGCCGAAUCAUCCAGGGUUCUGAAUUGAAUUACACAGAGAUAGAGAAGGCUGCUCUGGCGGUCAUGGUCACGGCGAGAAAGUUGAGGCCGUAUUUUUUGUCACAUCGGGUAGUGGUGCGCACUGCCUUGCCUUUCAAACAAGUAUUGGGGCGCCCGGAUUUGUCGGGAAGAAUGGUUAAAUGGGCUGUGGAGUUAGGGGAGUAUGAUGUGGAGUACGAGCCAAGAACAGCGAUCAAAGCACAAGCGUUGGCAGAUUUCAUCCAAGAAACAACUCGCCGUCCCGUACCGGAAUUUUGGGUUGCCUUUGUGGACGGAUCAGUGACAAAAGAGGGAUGCGGAAUUGGAGUAUACAUCACAUCACCGGGGUAUGGUACAUAUCAGUUUGCAAUCAAAUUCACUUGCCGAUUGUCCAACAAUGAAGCGGAGUAUGAAGCUGUGGUUAGAGGGGCGCACAUUUUGUCAGAACUCAAGGCCGAAUGUGUCAUCAUCAAGACAGACUCCCAGUUAGUGGCCCAACAAUAUUCAGGGGGUUAUAGUGUCAAAGAAGAACGCAUGAAGGCGUACCACCGCAAGAUCAGCGAGAUGAAGGACAAGUUUAUGGAAUUCAAAAUCGAGCAGAUUUCCCGGGAAGAUAAUACGAAAGCAGACUUACUGGCGCGAAUGGCUAGUGCAGUGGAACAAACCUGGAGUGAUGAAAUUAUCUUACUCUGUGAUACCAGAGAGAUAGGGACUUCACAGGUCUUCUCCGUAGAGAACAGAGACGACUGGCGGGCUCCUAUUAUACAUUUUCUCAAGACAGGGGAUCGGUUGAACAAGGAAUCUAAUCAGAGGGCCCGAUACGAAAAUUAUUGCUUGCUUAAUGACCAACUCUACAAACGAUCAUUUACUCAGCCUUUACUAAAGUGCUUAUCUCCAGAGGAAGCUAACUUUGCUUUAAAUGAAGUUCAUGCAGGUUGCUGUGGUGGUCACACGGGGUUCCGGGACCUUUGGGGUAUCGACAUAGUCGGGAAGCUGCCCACGGCACCAGGGGGCAAAUGCUUUCUGCUUGUAGCGGUGGACUAUUUCUCUAAGUGGGUCGAAGCUGAGGCUGUGGGGAAAAUCGAUGAGGUGACUGUGGAGCGCUUCAUUUGGCGGAAUAUAUGCUGCAGAUUUGGCGUGCCCAGGAUCAUCGUUUCUGACAACGGAACCCAGUUCACUGGGCAGAGGAUCGCGGAUUUUUGUGAUCGGAUGGAUAUCACUCAAAGAUUCGUCUCGGUAGCUCAUCCACAAGCAAAUGGCCAAGUGGAGUUGGCCAACAGGACAAUAUGUGAAGGGAUCAAGAAAAGGCUGACUCAGAGCAGAGGCAAAUGGGUUGAGGAGCUGGAUACUGUACUUUGGGCCUACCGCACUAGCUGA